AUGAGCCGGGCUCGCAUCUCCAGAGCGGCAGGGCUCGCGCUCCAGAAGCUCGGGCGCCCCUUUCUUCUGCUCUGGGUUUACGUCGUGUGCGUGCUGCCGCAGCCUGCGCCGGGCGCGAGCCUCCCCGCGGCCAAUAGCGAGCCGCAGCCGCAGCAGCAGCAGCCGCAGCAGCAGCACCCGGGCGUGUGUCCGAACGAGCUGAACGCGAACCUGUGGGUGGACGCGCAGAGCACCUGCGAGAGAGAGUGUCUCACCGACCAGGACUGCGCAGGAUUUGAAAAGUGCUGCACCAAUGUGUGCGGGCUGCGAAGCUGUGUGGCUGCGCGGUUCCCCGACAGUCCCGGCUCACAGGGUGAGGGCCAGGGCGGAGGGCAGAUUGCGGGCCGAAGGAGCAGUCUUGCCAGCUGCCAUGGCUUCGUGUGCAGCCAGCAGGGCGCCACCUGUGACGUGUGGGAGGGCCAACCGGUGUGUAAGUGCCAGGACCGCUGUGAGAAGGAGCCCAGUUUCACAUGCGCCUCCGACGGGCUCACUUACUUCAACCGUUGUUACAUGGAUGCCGAGGCAUGUAUUCGGGGAGUCACCCUGACCGUGGUCACCUGCCGCUAUCACCUGUCCUGGCCAUACACGAGCCCCCUGCCCCUGGAUACGACUGCACACCCAACACCCACAUCAUCCCAAGAAGACCCACUUCCGCCUACGCUCUACAGCAACCCCAGCCACCAGUCUGUGUACUUGGGAGGCACGGUCAGCUUUCACUGCGAUGUCAUUGGGGUACCAAGGCCGGACAUCACUUGGGAGAAGCAGACAGACCGUCGUGAAAGUCUUAUUAUGAGGCCCGAUCAAAUGUACGGGAAUUUGGUCAUCACCAACAUCGGACAGCUGGUCAUAUACAACGCGCAGGCGAGGGACACUGGCGUCUAUACUUGUACUGCUCGUAACUCAGCUGGGAUCCUGCGUGCUGAUUAUCCGCUGUCGGUUAUCCGACGCGCCGACGACGACCUCUCGGAUGAUUUCGAAACGAGCGUGCCCAUGGGACGGCCCUUCUCUCCUGCCGACUGUUUGGCAGAAGUAGACCGGAGGGAAUGCGGUCAGCGGCACGUGGAUUGGUACUACGACAACAAGCGUGGUACUUGCCUGGCGUUUACCAAUGGGGGCUGCGAAGGCGGCAGGAACCGAUUUGAGACCUACGAGGAGUGCCGCGCAUCCUGCCAGCGCGAGGGCAUGGGGAUCUGCUCUCUGCCAGCAGUGCAGGGUCCCUGUAAAGCCUGGGAAGCUCGCUGGGCAUACAACUCAAUGAUGAAACAGUGCCAAGCCUUUGCUUACGGCGGGUGCCAGGGCAACGCGAACAGCUUUCGCACCAGAGCGGAGUGCGAAUCCAACUGCCCCCAGCCCAAAAGCCGACCGUGCAGAACCUGCAGGGUAAAGGGCAAAAUUGUGCCAGCCCUGUGCCGGAGCGACUUCGCCAUUGUGGGCCGGCUCACGGAGCUCAUCGAGGACCUGGACUCGGGCAUCGCUCGCUUUGCGCUGGAGGAGGUGCUGCGCGACGAGAAGAUGGGCCUAGCCUUCUUCAACACCCAUCAUCUCGAAGUCACUUUGGCCAAGAUGGACUGGAGCUGCCCCUGCCCUAACAUCACGAUGGAGGAGGGUCCCUUUUUGGUCAUGGGAGAGGUGCAUGAUGGCAUGGCUGUUAUCCAGCCAGACAGCUACGUUCGCCCCAUUACUGAGAGACGUUUGAAGAAGAUCCGCGAAGUACUAGAAAAGAAGACCUGCGAAUUGCUGCAGCGCUUCCAAGACUAGUUUCGCAUUAACGUCUGCAA